GUGCAGUUUAUUACAUAAGUAAUCAUAUUAAACACGAUCACAAAUAAAACAACAUUUUUUCUCCUGUUUGAAGUUCUUAGUAUAAAUGUAAAGGGAAACCUAGUAACAAUAAUAAAAAAUAUACGGUUUAUGUAACAAGGAAUUAAAUAUGCACUCGAUUGUUGUCCAUGAUUAGAAUUAGGAAUCCAUCUUAAUGCCUAGCCUGUACGGCUUUGGAUAUAAUGGGUUUGGUCAGAUAAGUUCUGAUGUUGAAAGAGAUUGUGUAACUUCCCCACUUUGCAUUACAAGUCAAACAAAACGUAAAGUUCUCACAAGUUCUCACACAUGGAGUUCCAGCAUUUAUUCCUAUGAUGAAAAACUAUUGCGCCGUGGGCUUACUAACAAUCUGGGUAGAGAGUUGACGAAGGAAAAUAUAUCAUCCAAAUGCAUCCAAUCGAUUUUAAACUUCGAUAAUCAUGGUUAUGGAAUACUACAGGAUAAUGGAGAAUUUGUGCUGCAGUUCGAGCCUGAGAGAAGUGAAAUAUUUACAAAACGCCAUGUUGGAUCUGUAGCAAAAGAUUCAAAUGGAUUUUAUUUAGUAGCAGAUGAUGUGCUACUACAUUGCAAUAACAUCUUGGAGAGUCCUAUUAUUAUGAGGCCAAUGUUUUCAAGCCACAAAGUAAGGAAUGUUUCAUGUGGUAAUUGUCACAGCUUAUUAUCAACACAUAACGGAAACGUCUUCAGCUGGGGAAUUGGCAGUCAUGGACAACUUGGACAUGGUGAUAUGGAAACAUUAAAGCAACCACAGUUGAUAGAUGCCCUUGGUGGUGUUUGUAUUAAGCGUGUAGGGGCUGGUGGGUGGCACUCAGCUGCUCUGGCAGACACUGAUGAUUUGUAUGUCUGGGGUUGGAACCAGUCAGGUCAGACUGGAUUUCAAGCCCCAGUUGGUAUUUGCACCAACUCCACUGAAGCACUUAAAAUGGAAAAUUCUACAAAAGAUUCCAAUGCCAUAGGUGUUGUUCUAAACCCAACAUUGUUAGAACUUGAAAUGUGUGCGGAUUCAAACAGCUUUGUUUCUAUUAUUGAUGUAUCCUGUGGUGUUAGGCACACUGCUGCAGUUACUUCGUGUGGGACUUUAAUCACAUGGGGUUGGGCACGAUAUGGUCAAAUAUGUCACUCAUGUUGUAAACCAGACACUGAUAUCCCAACAGACAGCGUACAUUGUGAAGCGCAUUUGCCACAGACUGUGAUGUGGUUUAAAACACAUGGUUUAUAUGUAACUGGUGUAGUGUGUGGUCCAUGGAAUACGUUUGUAACCACGAGUGAUUAUGGUUAAUCAUUAUGUUAAUACAUUGAUGCGGUUUCCAGUUCUAUUACUUUAUGAAUUUAAAAAUCUUUGCAAGCUGGUAUGUCUUAUCGCACGAUUUUACAAAAGAUAGUUGCAGAACUAUGCAAACCAAACUGUGUUUGAUUUAAUCAAGCAGUUUGAUAAUUUAACCUUAUUUUAUUUACAUGCAAGUAAAAUAUUUUUGUGCCACAAGAUUAAAAUUCCAGUGUCAUACCAAAAUUCGUAUAGUGUUAAACUUAAUCAUGUUAGGCAUUUAUUAGCGUACUUCGCACUUUAAUUCAUUAUCGUAGCUGGUGACUUUUUAAAAAACAAAAUGCAUAAAAAAGUGGAACGGAAUACAACUUUGCUCUCUUU